UGAAUCCACAAUACCCAGCGCAAAAGAAGACCGACACAGAACUAUCUGUUUCUGGCUCCACUGCCAGUGAAGGAGUUUUCAUUCAGACUUUCCGAAGAGAGGUGGAGAACCCUAAAGACUCAGGAGAAGAAGAGCUCUUUUGAGCCAAAUGGGGCUUUAGUUCUUCUGCUUUCCUCAGCAUGGAUAAACCCUUUCCUCAAGGGCUUUCUGAUGUGCCCUAAGGUCCAUGUAACUGGAAGGGCUAUUUAUCACCACAAGUGCCACCCGGACCCCAAAGCACUCAGAAGUCAAGAAUCGAAGGAAAAUGGAUGCUGCCGGGACGGACGACUUCCAGCAGAUCCUCCCGAUUGAGCAGCUGCGCCCGACUCACGCUAGCAAUGAUUACGUGGAGCGGCCCCCGGCCCCCCGCAAGCAGGCCCUCUCCAGCCCCUCGCUUGCAGCGCACACGCACAAGUCCGACUGGUCCCUGGCCGCCGUGCCCCCUGCGCUUCCCCGCAGUCUCAGCCAGUGCCACCAGCUGCAGCCCUUGCCUCAGCAUCUGAGCCAGUCCAGCAUCGCCAGCUCCGCGUCCCAGAGCACCACCGCCUCCGACCAAAGGCUCUUGGCCGGCCUCACGCCCUCCCCCUCAGGCCAGUCCACCGUGCGAACGCAGCCCGGAGCGGGGCCCCACCCGAAGCUCGACGGUGCUCUGAAGGCAGAAGCUGAGCACUCCGCGGGGCACUCCGGGGAGCACCUCUUCAUUUGCGAGGAGUGUGGGCGCUGCAAAUGCGUCCUCUGCGCAGCGGCUCGUCCCCUCCCCUCCUGCUGGCUGUGCAACCAACGUUGCCUUUGCUCCGCCGAGAGCCUCCUCGACUACGGCACUUGCCUCUGCUGCGUGAAGGGCCUCUUCUACCACUGCUCCACCGACGACGAAGACAACUGCGCCGACGAGCCCUGCUCCUGCGGGCCCAGCUCGUGCUUCGUCCGCUGGGCAGCCAUGAGCCUCAUCUCCCUCUUCCUCCCUUGCCUGUGCUGCUACCUGCCUACCCGGGGAUGCCUCCGUCUGUGCCAGCAGGGCUACGACAGCCUCCGGCGACCCGGCUGCCGCUGUAAGAGGCACACCAACACUGUGUGCAGAAAGAUCUCUUCUGGUAGUGCACCAUUCCCCAAGGCCCAGGAGAAGUCCGUAUGACCUUCCCCCAACACGGAGCCAGAGCUUUCUCCUUCUUGCGCCCGUUAGGAAAGUGCGGGCCUCAUCUCUGCGGAGGGGGAGAAGGAGUAAAGCAGCCAAAGUUAGGGCCUCACCAGUUUUGCUCCUGCAGUGUCAGGGAAUGGCCGAGCACAUCCUGGCGCAGGAUGUCUUGUUCUUUCUCACAGCAUCUAUCCCACUUCUCUUCAAACUUCUUACACCUGGCCAUUUUAGCCAUGUGGCUGUCCUGGCAAAUUCAGGUGAUACAUAGGCAAGAGAUUCGGACACGGAGGACUGACAGAGCCAGCAACAUGGAGGGUUAGGGGCUCCCCAACAUAAUGCCUCUUGAUGCAGGCUCUGAGCAUCCCUCCACUGUCCACAGUGCCUUUGGAAACUCUCUUCUAAGACGGUUUUCAGGGGUGCAUGUGGAACAGUUCGAUAUUCCAGGGAAUCCGACCCCUUCCCCCUGUUUACUGCCCUUCUCUUCUCCUCUUGUUCUUUGUUCCUUCCCCCUUCAUUCCAGCUUGAUUCUGACUUUUCAUUCCGUGUCUUUCUCCCUCCCUCCCUUCUACUCCUUUCCUCUCUCUCUUUCAGACUGACCCAUUCUCUACUUGUAUCUCCAUCUUGUUUGAUCUGUCUUUGUCUCUCUCUACCUGUCCUUUCUCAACUAUGUCCAAAAGUGCUGUUUUUCCAUAGGUGUUUCCUUUGACGCCAAACUUUGCUAUGCUAUACUAUUUACUAAAUUUUAUUAAGGGAAAUGGAUUACUGUAAUGAACUGAUCACUAGCAAUAGUCUAUAUCCUGACAUGUGUGUGUGUGUGCUCAUAACCACACUCACCUGUUUGUGAACACACGAGGCAAAAAUUAAUCUUACAUUUCCAGGUUUAACGAGCUGGAGUUUUACUCCCUUUCCCAAUAAUCAACUUAUAGUACUGACAGAUUCCACUAGCAUGCAGAGUAGGAUAGUAAAUCAGGAUGCUCAUAACUUUGUAUGUCUGACCCAAGUGCCAAAGGCAGACGUGCUUUAUAGCUAAAUGAACAAAGCAAGGGACAUUACAGAGGUCUGUUCUCUCUUAGACUGCAUGGCUCAGGCCUUAAUUAUGGACAUAAAAAGUCAUAAAACUUUAGAGCUGGAAGGAAUCUUAACUGUUAAUCUAGUUCAAUGCCCUUAUUUUGCAGAUGGGAAAACUGAGGCCUGGAGAUAGGAAGGGAUUGUUCCCAAGGCCACACACUGAGAUCAUAGCAGGGUUGAGACUGGAAAAAAAGUCUUCUGACUUCUAGUUCAAUAUUCUGUACUCUACAUCACAUUAGGUCAUGGGACUUUUCUCUUAGGACUCUAUUAACAGUGACAGAAAGCCAUUGUCAUUCAAUUUUUCUGGAACCACGCCAAGUUAGUGUGGUGGUCUUUAUGCAGUGCAUAGUGGGUAGCUAAUUAACUAUCAGGUGUUGAGGCUGCCCGCAGUGGACAUCUCCUUUGACUCUGUCACCUGCAGAAGCGCCAGUGUGCAAAACAAAACAA